CCAACAUGGCCACGUUAAGUCGUACACCUAGUAAAUUAAUAAGAAAAUUACAAAAUUCCUCAGUUUUUACGCGUAGUUUUAGUAAUGUGAAUUUAAAAAAUAAUAGUUUCAAAAGUGUUUCAUUAUGUGCUUGUGUAUUCGCCGGUGGAUUAGUGUACUACACUGUAAAAAACUUUGGAAAGAUCAACACAGUCUACGCUCUCAAAGCAAAGCCGGACGAGUUGGCAAAAUCGGUGAAGCUGACGUCACGUGAGCGUCGAUUCAUAAAGUUCGCGAGCGUGGAGUAUGGUGGACAGCUGUACAUGACCCCGCAGGACUUUCUGGAGUCGGUCGUUGAGCAGGAACCGCGCCCUCGUCUUAAGAGACGUAUCCUGACGACGAAAGAAAUUGAACAGCUGCGGGACCACACGCCGGCGCUGAAGAAAGGGUCACCGCAGUUGUUCAGGAACCUCAGAGAUAAAGGAAUAAUAUCAUAUACAGAGUAUUUAUUUCUUCUAUCUAUAUUAACAAAGCCGGCGUCUGGAUUUCAAAUAGCGUUCAACAUGUUCGACACUGACGGCAACCAAAGAGUAGAUAAGAAUGAAUUUCUAGUCAUCCAACGGUUGCUCGGUGGUGCCUUUAAGGAGCGUAAGAAUUUGGACCGCAAGAGUCAGGAGGCAAUGGAGAAAAUAUUCAGUUUCGCGUGGCGCGGCAAGAGAGGUAUGACGGAGGAAACAAACGAAGACGGCAAAGAGGGGAAGCCACAAGACAAUUACGUGAAUGAUGAUCAAGGUCUACAGAGGCGACACAAUGUCGACACGUUACUGCAGGUUCACUUCUUUGGAAAAAAAGGCACGAACGACCUUAAGUUCGAGGGCUUCAAGCAGUUCAUGGAAAACUUGCAGACCGAAGUACUCGAGUUGGAGUUUCAAGAAUUUGCCAAAGGUCAUGAAACCAUAUCGGAGGUGGAUUUCGCGAAGAUAUUGCUGCGGUAUACGUACCUCGAUACAGAUGAAUACGAUAUGUAUCUGGACCGACUGCUGGACCGAGUCAAGGAUGAGAGGGGCAUCACCUUCGACGAGUUCAAGACGUUCUGCCAGUUCCUCAACAAUCUAGAGGAUUUCACAAUCGCAAUGAGGAUGUACACGCUCGCCGACCAUCCUAUAUCUAAAGAUGAAUUCCACCGCGCUGUAAAGAUCUGCACAGGUAUCUCCCAGUCGGAGCACCUGGUGACCACGGUAUUCGCUAUAUUCGACGCGGAUGGAGACGGUCUACUCAGCUAUAAGGAGUUCAUCGCCAUCAUGAAGGACAGGCUGCACAGGGGCUUCAAGUCAUACGCAAAAAACGAAGGCUGGGAGGCGUUCAAAUCGUGCGUGAAACAAGAAAUGAAGAGCGCCGUAUAAAUAAGGUUGUCCAUCGCCAAAUCUAAUAUGCGUAUUAUAAAGAAUAGAUAAUUUUUAUUUUAAAAAUUCAUAGUAUGGUAAUUACUUCAAAUGUACUAUAUGUAUUAACAUUAUUUUUAUGUUUAUGCAGUGUUGUAUAUCGUGAUAAACUUAUAGUAAUUAAAACAUUACAGUUUAUAAGAAUCGGUACCGCCCCUAUAUAAGUACCAACCUACUUUUUUAGAACGGCUUGUUUCCAAACCUAUGAGAAAAUUAAAAAUAAAAGUAUGUACAAUUUCACUUAAUUCACUCUUAUGCGAGCUUUCAUAGCAGGACGAAACUGUAGAACAUACUGGAGUACAUACCAAUUACUUGCAUAUAUACCGCGCUAAAAUAAAAAAAAAUGGUAUCAUAGUUCCAAGUGAAAAAUAUUUUGUUUCUAGUGAAUAGAGCCUAGUGAUACUAAAGAACUGGGCUAUUUGACAGUUACACCAACAAUUCAGACUGCAACUGUCAAAUCAUCACAAUCACAUACAAUCACAAAUAAAUAUAAUACCACAAGAUCAGAUUCUUGUAACAUUUUUACUGAUUCUGUAAUUGCUUUAUGGCGCAAAACCAAAGUUGUAUAAAUUAAAAAAAAAACUCUGUGAUCUGUGAAAAAGUAUACAGAUUUCUAUUUGGUAUUUAUUUUAUUAAUUGGCAUGUGACAAUUUAAUAUGAUCUUCCUAAAAUAAAUAAAUAUUGGAUUGCAGAUCUGAAUCGUUACUGAAGUAUAAUUUCUUAAGGUAAUUGUGUCCACAUAACAUAUGAUACAAUUGUUUAUGUAUUUGAGUAUUUAAAUGUUAAUAUUAUUUAUUUAAAAUACUAUAUUUACUAUGUUGGCUCAAUGUAUAUUUUAUAUGUUAUUAUGCCUAAUACUUCGUUACAUAUUAAUAAUAAAAAAAAACAUUCGUUAACGUUUCACAUAGACGUGAAUUUUUAAUACCUAUUGUGAACUAGACGAACGUGAAUGAGUAAGUAGCAUAGACAAUUUUAUUGUAACUUGUUAUUUAUAACUCUAUAUUUAACUUGUUGAUUAAGUGCUAUUUGGAAUUUUUCUGCACAGAAAAUCUUUUAAAAUUUCACAUUCAUUCAUUCAUAAUUUAAGGGCUACCCUCUCAGUGGAGCCCUUGCCACUUCCCAGGAUCUUCCAUUAUUAAAAUUUCAAAAAUUUUUAAUUCUUAUCCAUUCUUCAUUGUGAAUGUGAUCAUAGAACCGUAAAAAAUAUACUUAAAAUGGUGCUCAUUAAUUUUGUUUUAAUAUACAUUAUUUUUAUUGCUUUCUAUUUACUAACAAAGUUUUCGAUUUUUUUUUAUUUUCAAGAUUUUACUAACAAGUUAUAUAUUAACAACUUUAGUUUAUUAGAUAUAAGAUUUAAUGUACAAAUAGUGAGAUUUUUAUGGUUGUUUAUUUAUUAAUACGCUAUUAAUGUUGAGCUUGUAAAGGCCUCUUUACAUUAUAUUGGAGUUAAUAAAGAAUCCCAGAGGGAAGACUGUAAAAAGUCUGUGUGGGGUACCUCAGUCUCACCUAUUUCAGCCGCCAAGCAACUUGCUUUGUAAGCUGUCUUUCGGUUAUAAGAUGCAAUUUGGCAGUAAAAUUGCAGUAUGGGAGGUAUGAAAUCAUAGUUCCGUGGAAUAGCAACUUAUGAGUGGUAUCAUGGAUAUCGCGUGAUAAUGUGAUGUGCAUAAUGCUGCUCAUGUACCUAAUAGGUACAGUCGGUUAUAGCUUACCAUCAGGUGGGCCGUCACUAAAUAAGAUCUAGUCUUUAUUGUUAGUGUAAUGAGGCCUUAAUUUAUCGCGAUUGUGAUUUUUAUCAUUAUAGAAAUAAUAUGUAUUAAGAGUAUAAUAUAAGUACAGUCAGCUUCACAUAAUAUGCACAAUUUGUUAGCAUACUUUGUAAUCUUUUCAUUCUUUAAUAAAUGUUUUGACUUCAUACUGAAUAAUAAGGUGUAAAAUAGUUGAAAUUAUCAUCUGGUACACAAGUUUAUAGCCGAUAAUAUAAAAAAAUCUAUAUUAAUGUUAAGGUUAAAUUGGAAUUUGCCCGUUCAACAUAUUAUUGACGACCUUGUUGCGAAUUUAAUGUCUUUUUGAAAAUCGACUGUACUACUAAUCUACUGUGCUUGUUUACGAUCUCCUAAAAGAUCUGUGUUAAAUCUAAUGUUAUUUAGGGCCAAAUGUGUAAUAUCCUAAUUCUUAUUAAUCUUGUGUGAUUAAUACAAAUGUUGCAGUGUUAUUAUUUUUAGUGUCCGACUUGAGUUUGUAUUUAGUAGAUUUUAAUAAGUAAAAGAGUAACAAUUAUAGGUAGCCUAUACCAUUAUUAGUGAUGAUCAAACCUACUAACAAUUUUUGUAUAUUUUUAACAAAGUACAAUAUUAUUGGUUAAUGUGCAUUCAAAAUCUAUACUAAUAUUUUAAGCGAAAGUAUAUAUUUGUUCGCUAACGUUUUAAGACUAAAUGGCUUAAUAGAUCUUAAUGAAAUUUCACGUAAAAGUAGAGUCUAUCACGAGGAAAGACAUAGUCUAUUAAUAUAUAUAUUGUUAUAUAUUGUUUAAGAAAGUAAACGAAGUGAAGUCUAAGGUAAUAUUUAAUAUAACUUAAAUCCAAAUAUACGAAAAUCUGUGCACGCUAACUAGUAAUAAUUGUAUGCUGAAAUA